CUAGUCCCCAACCAAUCAAGAAGGUAACAUUUUAGAUUGAGUAGCCUACAAGUUUUCUAGCUCCUCCAUGCUUUUGAUUGACUAGCCAGGCGUGUUCCCAGUGUGGGUGCGAUCAGUGAAUAGCAGUAGCUUCAUGAUUCAACUUUAGUCUCGCUGUAACUGGACUGUGUCUGCUUUUUCAAGGGCGAUUUCUUCUCAGCAAAGCUACACUCACUGCCGGUCUUCACACGCGCAAGCGGCAAGAAAAAGAUUUCAGCACUGGAGCUGUCCAUGCAAGCUUUUUGUCACAGAUAGGUUAUUGAUGUCACAUUUGCAGUAUAUAGGCUAACCGUGAAGUCCAGGCUAUUCGAGUAGGCAAAACGCACCCAUACUUUUCAUUCAAUCGAAACCUUUGCAAUGCUUGCUAUUCGUGCGUAAGACACAAGGAAAAAGAAAGUCCCAAGUCGCAGUGGAGAUUUGUCCAAUUUUAUCUGAGUCAUGGGAGUGCUCAUGUCUAAGAAGCAGCAGGUAGAGAAGGUUCAGAAAUGCACCUCGGUCGUCUCUGCCUUUCAGCAAGGCUUGAAGGAACGUGCUUCAUCUGCAGCAAACCAAGGGGAAGGAUCUGGAGAAGAAGCAGAGGCUGAGGUCUCGCCACAAUCCAACUCAAAGGUGAAGGAGGAAGGGGAACACGGAGACGCAGAUAGCAAAGUGGGGCCCUCAGGGACCUCGCAGCAAGCUUCAGCCCCUGCUCCAACCAGGGACGAAUGUAAGGUCAACCAGGAGGCCUGGAAUAGGUUACGAGAUGGAAAGGGGGUGGAACCUGAGGAUAUGGACAAAACCGGCCAUCAGCUCACCCCACCUGCAUUUGUACGUCCCAAGAGAGAUGCUAAUGAUGACCAGCCAGUGGAAAUAGCACUCGGACAGAGAGAGCAGCCGGUCAAUGAUGAGAUGUGCGACGUGUGUGAAGUGUGGACAGCCGAUGACCUGUUCCCCUGCAGGAUCUGCCCAAAAGUCUUCCAUGAUGGCUGUCUGAGGGAGUUGGGCUACCUGAGGACUGAACUCCUGCAGGAAAUGAGGGAGACAGCCCACACCGCGACAGGCUGGAGUUGUUAUUAUUGUGACAAUGUGAACCUGCUUUUGACUGAAGAGGAAAUGUACAGCCUAAUGGAAACCUUCAAGCAGUGCAAGAUCAUACCUGAGUCAUGCCUGGUGUCAGAUGAGUUGCUACAGUACAGACACUUUGUGUCAAAGCAGCUGUUUGAGAAGGACCUGUCGGAUGAGCAGGAGGAGGAGGUGCUGGCUCAGUUCGCUGCCCUAGACCCAGAGAAGAGGGGCCAAAUCGAGUGGUCCGACUUCCUCUACCACGAGUCCCUAGGAGUGCUAAGGAGGUUUCGCACAGCGAACUCGUUGGUGCGGCUGUUGAGCGCUAAGGAAAGGGACCGUGUGCGGUCACUUUUCAUUGGUUUGGACCUGGAUAAAGAUGGUUUGGUCACAGGAGCACAGACCCGCUUGGCACAGCAGUCCUGGUUUCAGAAGAAAAGCAAAGAAUCCCAGUCCUGUAAUGUAAGACUCAUGGGAUUGUGUUCUCCUUUGAAUUGUGGUAUUAGCCAUGUGGGACCCAUAUCUGAGAGCAGCCCAGCCAGCUCCAGCAGUGAGAGAAGCACUCAGAAAGAUGACAACAGACCAGUGAGCUGGGAUGACUUUCUGAGGGAGAGUGCCAUCUACAUCCUGGCUGCCCGGCCCAACAGCUCUGCCAUGCAUAUCCGCUUGCCUCUAUAGCCCUGGCGACAUCACCCUUCCUGGGACGGUCCCCACCUUAGAGAGAAGGCCUCUCCUUUAAGUCUCUUUGAAGGAGAGGUGGAGAGCAAAUACCAUGGCACUGUAGGGGACAAACCCGAGCCCACCAGAUGAAUACUGCACCUCUAAGAGACUGGACAGGACAGAAUAAGCCAUCAACAGAUCUCUGGUUUUCCGGAGAUCCAUGCAACAAUCAACAAUCAACUGACAACAAUGACCUGAAAGUAACUACUGUCUGUAAAAUUACAUACAACCAGAAUCCAAGACACCAGACAACACAACCAGACAGCCAAACAACACAACCAGACAGCCAAACAACACAA